GACUUGGGAAUCCACGUGAUUUCACAAUAGUGAGACUCUAAUGUUAAUCAUUCGAGAUAAAAAAGGUAUCGUGUCUUCAUUCUUAAAGGCAUCAAUUAAGAGUCAAUCUAUCAUCGGUCUCUCUGACCUUCUUGUUCUCAACCCUCAAACCAUCCAGUUCUAAGACUACAGUUUGUAUAUUUUGCACGAUGUUGGCUAAAUGUUUCUUUAGCCUUGUAAUUUGCUCUGCGGCGUCCCAAAGCGCUGCUAUCUCGUCUUCUUUCAUCGAGAUGCCUAUAGUGGACCUUGGUUAUGAACUACACCAAGCACUCAGGUACAACGAGACGACUGACAUUUAUACUUUCUCUAAUAUUCGAUACGCGCGACAACCAAUCGGAGACUUGAGAUUCCGUGCACCUCUGCCUCCCUUAGAAAAUCGAACUGUGGUACAGAAUGGCACUGGUACUAGGGUAUGCCCCCAAGGUAUUCCAGAAUGGCAAGAAAAGGCAUCUCAGGCCAUUGCGCAAUUUUCAAAUUCGACAGUCCCUUUUAAUCUCACCAAAUGGGAAGAGACGCUCGGAAAAGCAAAUGCUGCCGGCGUAAACGUCAACGCCGUUUCGUCCGAGGAUUGUCUCUUCUUAGAUGUUCAUGUGCCUGGACAGUUCUUUAGAAAUCGUGGGAAAUCAUCAAAUUUUGAGGUUCCGGUUCUUGUCGAGAUUCAUGGUGGCGGCUACGUUCUGGGUUCAAAAACUGGAUAUCCGAAUGGGAACUUUGACCCAACCGGACUUUUACAGCAUGGUAAUGAAGGUUUCAUUUACGUAGCACUUAACUAUCGACUUGGGGCCCUUGGUUUCCUCGCUGGUCCGCUAGUCCAAGAGGAUGGAGCCUUGAACGCAGGUAUUCUCGACCAAAAGCUCGCGCUGGAAUGGGUGCAAAAGAACAUACACCUUUUCGGAGGGUCACCUAGGCGCGUUACUGUCAUUGGGGAGUCUGGAGGAGGGGGCUCCAUUCUCGUCCACUUGACCCAGGAGAAGGCCCCAUUUGCCCAAAUUAUCUCUCAGUCGCCGGCCAUUGUCCCCACCCUAUAUCAACCUCCAGAUACGUUCUCGGAAUUCAUGUCCAUCCUAAAUGUUUCUGGCCUUUCCGAAGCGAGGGAACUCUCCUCAGAUGUUAUUAUAGCUGCUAACGCAAAACAAAUCGGCGCAGCACCCGCCAACACUUACAUCUUCGGGCCGGUCCAAGAUGAUCGUACUCUCCCUGUCCCAGUACUGAGAGCUCUGAAUGAAAGACAGUUAGAUCAGGCCGUCAAUGUAAUGGUUUCGCAUAACUCGUUGGAAGGAGGCUUCUUCUUCGAUCCAAAUGUCAGAACUGAAGCCGAUUUCCAGUCAUGGCUCUUCAGAUCCAUCCCUGGCCUUAACAAUUCCCAAGUCGAUCAUCUCAUGAGAAGCCUCUAUCCGGCCGCCUUCGACGGCUCCUUCGGCUAUAUUGAUCAGGGGACCCGGCAAAUGUCCCUGUGGGGCGAGGCCGUUUUUGAUUGCAACUUUUUGUACAUGAACAAGGCAAAAGGUGGUAGUUCAUAUGCCUAUGAAUUUUCAAUCUCUCCAGGUUUGCACACACAGGACUUGCCUUAUACCUUCGCUGGGCCCGUCUUAUACCCGGAAGUCAGAGUCACAGUUCAGCAAGCAAUCGCCAACUUCGUUGUCAGCGGCGUGCCUGAGACAUUUAUUGACGGCAGCAUGAAGCCAUUCCCCCAAUGGGAUUCAACUAGUACUCUGGUCAAUCUAACAUCAACUGGGGCCAGAAUUAGUACGAGCCGUAUCAAUGAAACAAGAUGUGCUUGGUGGGCGGCUUUAUAAUUGUGUAAUGGUUCCAGCGCUAUGCUAUCAACUGGGCCA